CACAUGAUUGGUUCUAUAACUAGAGGGAGCUGUCCUGGUGCUGAAGACAACAAACACUGAGAAAACCGAGGACCGAGUUAUUUCUGUUCGGAGGUGUAGACUCAAGGAACGUUCAGAAAAUGACAGACGCCAAACCUUGUUCACUUGGAGUGGUAUUUAUUAUUUCCACUAUGAUUGGUACCUGUUGCGUUCAUAGUGCUUCAUUAAGACAAUACAAGUUAAGUGAAAAUGAACCAGAUUCUAAAUUUAAAAACACAUACAGAUUUGCCAACCCAGAUAUGUUAAAAGCUCUGGAAUACAUAGAAAGUCUCCGACAACAGACUAGAAAUGGGGAUAUUCCAGACUAUGACGACUUCGACCACAUUCGGUUGUCACAGACUGUUCCUCUAUAUCAAAAAGUGGACGAAAUGGAAGGGAGAAACACCCUAGUCAGCGAGCCAAAGGGCGCUUUUAAUGAGGGAGAUGCACAGUUGUUUCAAAUAAUGGUAGACGCCCUGAAACAAGCAGAAGAAGCCAAACCCGCAGCAAAAGGAAACAAGCCCAUUAAUUCUGACUACAGAGCCCAGUUUCCGAAAUUUGAAAUCAACAGUGACGAUUAUGAGACAUACAAAUGGCCUGAAGGAAAAAGCAAAUCUUUAAAAAAGCCCAAAAUCCCACAUGGCAACUACAGAGACAGCCUUUACAAACGUACUAAUGAAAUUAUAGAAGAGCAAUAUACUCCACAAAACAUAGCAACACUGGAAUCGGUGUUUAAAGAAUUAAGUAGGCUAUCUGAACCAAUAAACCUUAAAAAGGACGGAUUAGAUGAGCAAAAAUUAUACAGGGACGACGACGAGGUAAAUAAAGUGAACAACAUUGCUUACGAGGAUGAUGAGGAUGGGGGUGACUGGAAUCCCGUAGAAGAAAAAAUUGAAAGUCAACAAACCGAAGAAGAAGAAAUUGUGAACAGCAAAGAGAAGAUAGACGAAAAUAUGGACGAUGAGAUUAAAAGAGCGCUUAAGCAAAACUUCCGCGAGGAAGAGGCGCAAGAAAGAGACACCAGGCAUCAAAGUUCAAAUGACCUUCCAGAACUAAUAAAUUACUUAAAAGGGGUAAUGGCCCACCUUGAAAAUGGGAGGCUAAAGAAUGUACAGAAUGAAGAUAAGAGGACUUCCAAGCCAUUUGGUAAUGACAUGGAUACUCAGUCUAUAUAUCAGUUGAUAGAACUCUCUAGGGAAUUGCAAAUUCCUCCUGAAGAUUUAAUAGACAUGCUGCAGGGAGGAAACGGGAAGAAGCAAAACAGAAGUCCGGUGGCAGACAACGAUUCUGCAAUUCCAGGAGACGCAGAGAACAUUCCAAAGCCAGACUUCGACUUUAACAGUAAAAUAUCCACAAAAGAUAACGCUGGCAACGGAUCUGAGAACCAGCCCAUAGAGCUGACUGCUGAGGAUGUUUUGAAUCUUCUAGGUACAGAUGCUUCAGUCCACAAAAGCCCAGCAUACCACCUGAAACAGAACCCUUUCGGAAACGCUCUGCAACCUUUCCUGUCAUCUCCAAGUAGAAGGACCAGGGGACAGUCCUUGCCAAAAAAUGCUUGGAUCAUGGAUGGCUUAGAGAAGAGACAAUCUGAUUACCCUCAAAUAAAUGACGAGGAGGGCGAACUGGCUGAGUAUCUCGUUAACAUGCUGGCCAAAUACCCAGAUGUACUUAAUAAAAAUCAACUGAAGCGCACACAGACAUUUUCAUCCAGUGAGGAUUUCCAAGAUGAUGAACAUAACGAUCCGGCACUAAAAGCAUAUUUAAACCAAGCUGAGUCAGAUAGCUUGGAUAAAGCAAAGAGGUUUACGGCAGCCACAGAAGAAGGCGAGUCACCAAGUCGACAUUAUUUAGAAGAAGACAUGUUAAGAAAGAUGUUGGAAUUCCUUAGCAAAGACGCGGAAGAAAAUGCAGAGCGCCAUACAACGUGAACAGGAAAGGAUUACAGACACAUUGCUUUUCUGGUGAACAUAAAUGUUAUAUUUCUUCUUAAAUAACUGACACAUCUAAGAAGUAUAUGAAAUUUAUCAUAAUUAGAUACAGCUCGGAAUGCUUUCCUCAUUAAGUAGGUGUUUCAGUUUGCUAUAUUAUUGCUGGUUCGCCACAUGAAAUAGUGAAAUUAUUGCUGAAUGGUGGCAGAAAAUGUUUUUCUUGCUUUUUUUUUUCUUUUUUUACUUAAGUUGCCUUAUCACAUGCCUUUUUGGUAUAGAUUCUAAAUGUUGCACAUUAUAUGAAAUUAUAUUUUCAUUUACAGCUGCAGCUACAAUGAAAAAAAAAAACUGUAGACAUUAAUUAGUUUGCCUUCUGCUGUGGCCUUUGAAGUCCUUCUUAUAAUUUAUGUAAUGAAGACUACCAUUAGUGUAGUUCUGAAUGUAAAGCUACAACAUGUGUACAAGAUUAAAUGAGUGCCAACAUAUAUGUAAAGUGUUAUAACAUCAACAUUUUUAAUUUUAGUGCAAAAGCUGGAGGAUAUUUUCCUCAGCCUGUGAUCUCAUGCUCCACAAUAGUGUAAUAUUUGUUUAUGGACAUAAUUCUUUGUAUCCUUACUAGCAAACCGCAUCAUCCAUCUGUGGUCUAAUAGUGGAGAGUCAUGGCAGUAUGAGUGUGGGCUACAAGUUGAUAUGCCAAGAAUAAACAUUCAUGUUAUUCUGUCAGGUACUGAAGAUUUAUGGAGAACAGUAAAUCUGAUUGAAUAUACACAAAAUACAGUCUGAGUUUGUUUUGCACCGUGUUUCUGACAGUUGGUACUAGCAGUUUGCCAACAAAUUAAGUAUUACACUAUGUAUUAAAUUAUUAAGUUUGUUUUAUUGUUUAAUUUGCACAUCCCUUUGUGAUAUUGUAUUACACUGGAAAAUGUAUACAGGGCACAAUGUACAUCAUUAACUUUUCAUGGUCUGUAUCCUGUCAAAAAUGUUAGUAUAUUUUGUUCAUAAAUAUAUUAACUCAAACAUGUCAGCAACAUAGUAGUAAAUUCUGCAACAUUUUCAUUAUGCUUUUAAUCAGUCUAUUUUUUAAUAGUGUGCGCUGUAUUAAAAUAAAGAUGGAACAUUACACUAUUGUUUUCUUUAUAAACAUUUUCUAUGAUCAGAAUGAUCAUUAAUAAAUUGUAUUUCUUGAAUAAA